AUGGAUUUCUUGCCAACGAUCGAAGAUCCACGUCAUACGCCUGGAAAGCGACACGGUUACGCAAAGGAACAAUUGUCACCUCACGCACUCACGAACAAUAAUCAAAAAUCUCUACUUAACAGUUUUAUCACUACUCCACCGGUUUCUAAGCCAUCAAAUCACUUUAUCAGUAAUGCUAACAAAUUUUAUCUGACUAAGCAACAAAAUCAGGAACGUAACAGUUACACGUCAUCUUACCCAAUCCGGAAAUCUGCAUUCUUAGUAUACAGCAAUUCUUCGAAUCAGAAAGCACCAGAAAUGCAGAUAGAUCCACCAACUAUCAUCGGCAAUCCAUUAAUUACUCGUAACGAUAUCCUAAAGCCAAAGCCAAGAUAUGCUACAUCUGUUAGCCAAGUUUAUAACAAAGACUCAAUAAAACUUGGCAGUGCACAAUAUUCCGAUAAUAACAAUAGUACUGGAAGACAAAUAAUAGGAGUAGACCUAGUCACUAACAGACAAGAAGGAUUACAACAACAGUCAAUGCAAAUGGCUUGCUUUGAAUUGAAAUCCAGAGAGGUACCAAUUAUAUCAGAAAAGAAAAUGGAUGAUAUGCCACGAUUGAAAAAUUUUAAAAAUAUCUUAAAUAAAUUCCAGAUAGCAAGUGAUUAUGCAUUACGACAAAAGCAGCAACGAGAACAAAAUCGAUAUAAUAGCAGCGAUGAUCGAUCGGAUCAAGAAUUUAACAGUUCAGAUUGGGAGCAAUCAUCUGAGCAUGCAUAUUCCGAGAAGAAUUACAAGUUGGCAAAGAAUAAACAAAGGCAUUUACGACCAUUUACGGUAUCUGCUGGGAAAAACAUUCGUAGCAGUUUACCGAAACAAUGGCUUACGAGGGCAAAUGAUACGUACGUGAACGUAGAAGGACGUUCAGCAACAAUGUCUGGCAUGUCACCUGUGCCACCAUCACCGCCAAUGUCAUCUCAUAAGCCGCCAAAUAGAACCAGCAGUCUAAGAAUAAUAAGUAUGAAACAACGAGGAUUUUUCAAUAAUAAUUCCCACCGGAAUGAGCAAAUGACAUGUCAACUUCACAAUGUCAACGAUCCUAGGCCAAUUACAGAAAAUGAGACAAGAAUAAGUCCAGCUGGCACACCAUCAUCCUCUUCUCACGGUUGCAUUAUCCGAUGUGUCUCAACGGAUAGUUACAAGAGAGUGAUACCAGUGGCGCAGAUGUCGUCAGCUUCCCCGUCAUUACCGCCAUCAAAAUCGCAAAGUAUUAGCAGUGAAACGGAAGACGAUGAUGAUUCGGCAUCUGUUAUCGGACUCUAUAAACAGGCUGAGCCUUCUUUAUUCAUCCAUUCAAAUCCAAUAAAGUCUGACCUUACAGUUGGAAACAUAUGGAACCCACCGAUACUUGUCGAGAUUAGAGCAAAACAAGAUGAGGAGCAACGCAUACUUCGACAUACUCUGGGAUAUCGGAAUAGCCAAAAAUAUCGCUUCUUAAUUAUUCCACGAUAUAAUUUGCUAACAUUCAAAUCAUUUGCUGCGAAUCAUCAAAAUGAUGUCAGUGAAGAAUACGAACUAAAGAUAUGCUUCAUCUUAUUACAACUUAUCUAUGCAUUGAAAUCUUUUCAGUUGAACGGUAUUGAAGCGAUUAGCGAUGAUUUAAGUGAAUUCAUCCUGAUGUGCAGAUAUACUCGAAUUAAUCAAAAGAUUGGCAACAUGGAUCACCUACCAAGAGUUUUGCUACUUCAAGAGACAUUUAGAAUAACGAAAAAGCCUACCAUAGGAUUAUGUGACUACUGUCUCAAAAUACUUGCAACGAUGUUGAACCUAAACAAUAAUUCUCUAACAAGUUUUACAUACCCCAUCCAGGAAUGCGCUAAAGCAUUGCAACAAGACAAAUCUAGUUCGUUGACCGAGGCAAAAAACGCACUAGAAUUUGGGAUUUUCGUUGGCCAUGAUGCUCCUUCAUUCAAUGAUGAAGAAGACGCACAAGCUUGGAUUGAUUCAAAACGAGCCGACUUUGUUAAUUACCUGUUCCGUGAAGUCGCUGACGGUUCCUGCUUAGUAAACGAAGUAUACGAACAGUUGCGUCUGCAGUUCCUUCUCUCAAUCACACCACAAACGCUGUUGAAAGUGGUCGGAAACAUGUAUUUAUAA